CUUAAUUAAAUACUCUUGCAUGGUUGGUGGGGAAACCUAGCAUCAGCAUGACACCAUACUUAACCUAAACUUUUGUGCUAAUAACAUGAUCUCAUCAGUUUGAUUGAGGAAAUAAGUUAAUGCUAUAAACAAAACAGGAAACAUAAAUAAACAACCAAAAUAAGUGAAACAGCAUAAUACAAAAUGUCUCUUAAAGAAUUAUUCUUUAAAUCAUCAUUACAAUUAAAAAUUCAACAUGUUAUUGGCAAAAGAUGUUUCUCUUCAAAACCAGUAAAGGAUAUUCUUGAAACUGUUGAAGAAACACCAAUUUAUAUAGAGGAAAAAGAUGAGCACGCUGGACUAGAAGAGAAAAGGAACAAAUCAAGAUUAAAUCCUGCACACAGAAAUAUGUUACACGAUCUAAAACCGUACGAUGAAUCUCAGGCUUGGUAUCAUGAUUCAGUGAAAUAUAAAAAACGAAUAUUAGGUAGGUAUGGCAUUGAAGCUUUAGGAAGACCUGCAGGACUGGCAUGGCCUACACCUGAAGAAGUAAAAGAGAUAAAUGAGUAUGAAAAAAUUGCUUUUCCAUUAACAAUUCAAGAGAGAUUGAGUAAGAUUAAAGAAGAAAAGAGACUGAAUGAAGAAAUGAUAAUGGCUAGACAACAAGAGAUUGGCAAGAAAAUGGCAAACAUGAAUAAAAUGAUAGCCGAUAUACAAGAAAAGGUUGCCGAAAAGGAAGCAAAAUUGUUGACAGCUCAGAUGACAAAGGAACGUAAAAUCGAAGAAAUUAGACGUAAAUUACUGGCUGAAGGCCAUGUAGGCACAGACAAAAUUGAAGAAGAAUUGACUCAAAUGGAGAAAGCAGAAAAGAAGAAGAAGAAAGAGGCUAAGAAAACCAAAUUACUCGAAAAACAAAAGGAAUGGGCAAUGAAAUUGAUGCGGGAGGCUAAGCAAGAAGGUCAAAAAGACGAAACGGUAGAAGAUAAAGAAAAGACAAAAGAAGAUAAUUGAAAAAUGUAACGUAGAUACUUUGACUAAAAUGUAUUUGAAAAUAAUUUCUAUAUAGUUAGUAAAUUCAAUACUUUACAAAA